CGUUCUGAGGGCUCCUCCGCGACCUGACCCAGAACCCAUGUGUGCCCAUCCACGUGAGAGUGAGGACACGGAUGGCCUUUUGCAGGCUUCCUGAGAGCCCCGUGCCCCAAGGCAAGUCUCCAGAGGAGGGCCAGGGGCCGCAGGCUGCAGACAAGCUGGCCAACGGCGUCAGGACGGACAAGCGGGCCUGGGACCUGGCCUCCCGCCUCUAUCACCUGGAGGGUUUCCGGAAGUCUGAGGUGGCUGUGCACCUGCGGAAGAACAAUGACUUCAGCAGGGCUGUGGCUCAGGAGUACCUGUCCUUCUUCCAGUUCGGUGGCCAGAGCCUGGACCGGGCCCUUCGGAGCUUCCUCCAGGCGCUGGUGCUCAGCGGGGAGACCCAGGAGCGGGAGCGAGUCCUGUUCCAGUUCUCCAGGCGCUUCCACCACUGCAACCCCGGGCUCUUCUCCUCAGUAGACUCUGUGCACACCUUGACCUGCGCCAUCAUGCUCCUGAACACGGACCUGCACGGCCAGAACAUUGGGAAGAGCAUGAGCUGCCAGGAAUUCAUAAGCAACCUGAACGGCCUGCAGGACGGCGGGAACUUCCCCAAGGAGCUGCUGAAGGCCCUGUACUGGUCUAUCCGGAGUGAGAAGCUGGAGUGGGCCGUGGACGAAGAAGAUGCAGCCAGACCUGAGAAGGCCCGGUCCUCACCACUCGGCGGCAAGAUGAGCAGCCCCUUCCUCCAGCCGGCCCUGGACCCCACGGGGCCCACCUACAAGCAGGGCAUCCUGGCUCGGAAGAUGCAUCACGACGUGGACGGCAAGAAGACGCCAUGGGGCAAGCGUGGCUGGAAGAUGCUCCACACCUUGCUCCGAGGGAUGGUCCUCUACUUCCUGAAGGGAGAAGACCACAGCCCCGAGGGGGAGAGUUUGGUGGGUCAGAUGGUGGACGAGCCCGUGGGGGUGCACCACUCGUUGGCCACGCCGGCCACCCAUUACACCAAGAAGCCACACGUCUUCCAGCUGCGGACUGCCGACUGGCGCCUCUACCUCUUCCAGGCACCCACUGCCAAGGAGAUGAGUUCCUGGAUCGCGCGCAUCAACCUGGCCGCCGCCACGCACUCAGCGCCGCCCUUCCCGGCCGCGGUGGGCUCCCAGCGGAGAUUCGUGCGGCCCAUCCUGCCCGUGGGCCCUGCCCAGAGCUCCCUGGAGGAGCAGCAUCGGUCCCACGAGAACUGCCUGGACGCUGCCUCCGACGACCUGCUGGAUCUGCAGAGGAACUUACCCGAGCGGCGGGGCCGCAGCCGGGAGCUGGAGGAAUACCGCCUGCGGAAGGAGUACCUGGAGCACGAGAAAACCCGCUAUGAGAUGUACGUGCAGCUGCUGAUGACCCGUCUGCACUGCCCCUCGGAUGACCUGGACCUGUGGGAGGAGCAGCUGGGGAGGGAAGCCGCAGGCCCCCAGGAGUCCAAGCCCAGCCUGAAGAAGUCCCACUCCAGCCCCUCCCUGCACCAGGACGAGGCCCCCACCACCGCCAAGGUGAAGCGCAACAUCUCAGAGCGAAGAACCUACCGGAAGAUUAUCCCCAAGCGGAACCGCCAUCAGCUGUGAAGCGUCACUCACAGACCUUGGCCCCUGCUCUGGGGCGGACCUGGGAUGCAACCCUGUGGGAUGGAGGGGAGGCCCCUGCUCUGCUGAGGGACAGGCCUCUCUGAGCUUGCCAGAGUACUGCUCUGCCCUGCCCUGCCCCCGUGGCAGGUCCUCAGUUGCCUGGUCCCUGGCCACUCCCGAGGGAGGAGAGAGACCAAAGAUUUGGCUCCACUCCCAGAGUUUGUCCCAUGUCACUCUUCACUCCUCCAAAAUCCAGAACGGCCCCUUUUCCUGGGUCUGGGGCAGCUCAGCGCUUGUUGGGGAAGCAGAGCAGAUGGUCCCUGCGCUUCCAGGAGAGAGCCUGGGGCAGCCGACGCCUCUGGGCAGUCAGGCCCCGGGGAUGGUCUUGCUCUGGGAAUCAGGUGACCUGCUAGGAGAGGCCCGGGGAGACACCCCUACCCCCCCACCCCCAGCAAGCUUCCUGUCGCCCAGGCCCUGCUCAGGGUGGGGCCGCUGUCAGGGGCAGGGCCUCGCAGGCAGGCAGGCAGGCGGCAGGGCUCCCCGGAGGCUGGCUCUGGGGACUGCACCUUUGUCUCCUCAUCCCUACAGUCGGCCCUGCACCAGGGCCAAUGAGAACGCCCCACCUCCAUGCCCAAUUGCUAAUCAACAGAGCAGAGCCAAUGGCCCCAAAGCGGUGGGGGCUCCAGGGCUCUGGGGAGCCCUGAACAAGGGGCCUUUGUGUCCCCAGCACCAGGAAAGAGGCUCAGAUCCCUGGGGAGGCUGAGGAAGAGGUGGUGACACAGCCCCUGGGGCUCUCCUGGCAGGAGCUGCGGCUGUGGAAGGGUUGAGAGUCACGGUGGAGGCCUGGACCCCCUCCCCACACCCCAGCCCUUAAAGCUCCAUUCCCCAGGGGCACCAGGCCCCUCUGGGCCCCUGCCCUCCCUGUAUGUCCCCUGGAGCUGCCUUCUGGCUACUUUCAGCUGGGCCUGUUCUCAGGGUGGGGCAGGGGGUGGGGAGGGCUCUGGACACCCACAGAUCUGAGGCUGUGCCAGUGGGAAGGAGGCUGGGCUGGGGGAGCAGCCACCAUUGUCUCUGUUCAGCCAAGUGUGCCCACAGGCUGCCCGCCAAGAGGGGCCUCUGCUGCCUGCCUGCCGCCUGCUGGCUGACGCACGGCCUCUCCACCUUCCUGCUGGGCCUCCCCCUCCCGUCCAUGCUUGUAACCAGCCCUGUGGCCUGGAACUCCCCCAAGCUGGGCUGGCCCUGGGGGGCCACGAGAGGUUUCUGACCAGGGCCAGGGGCUGAGCCAUGCACCCAAUGGGUGUGCAAUAAAUACAGGCCAAUGAAGAAA